AUGCCGCGGCUUCGGCCGCUGGCAACAGCGCUGCUCGCGCUGCUUGCGCUUGCCGCCGGGCUCCAACAGCUGCCCGCCGCGCGCGCCUUCCCCAGCGGCGGCCUCGCCGCGCGGCGCCACCGCUACCCCUGGGACAUCCCCCGGGAGGAGGCGCCGCGGCUGCCGUGGGAGGGGCUGCAAAACGACCUGCCGGCCCUGCUGCAGGUGCAGGCGCGCGGGAAGGAGGUGGCCGUCAUAGUGUUCAAUGAGGGCUUCUCGGCCCUCGCCCUCAACUGCCUGGUCUCCCUGAUUGAGUACGGCAGGAGCCCCAACUAUAUCGUCACAAGCGUCGGCGCCAGCAGCCUGGCGUACUGCCAGGCGCUGCGGCUGCCCUGCUAUGACGGCGCCAACCUCCUGGCAAACAUCACAACCUAUGAGCAGCAGCAGCAGCAGGAGGCGGCCGCAGUUGCGGCUGCGAGCGGCGGCAGCGGCGGCAACGCCAGCGCUCUCAGCACGGACGUGGACGCGAAACGGUACACCACUGACUGGUUCCACCUGGUUUGGAUCAAGACGCUGGUGGCGCACGCGGUCAACGGGCUGGGCUACGACGUUCUUUUUGCAGACGCGGACGUGGUGUUCCUGAAGGACGCAUGGAAGGCGUACCGCGACCUCCUGGAGCGGUACGAGGCGGAUGGAUCUUUCAUGUAUGAGCAGCCGCAACAGCAGCAGCAGCAGCAGCAGCAGCAGCAGCAGCAGGGCAACUACACGCGGUCUGACGGCACCAGCUUCAUCCACAAGUACCUCAACAGCGGGAACUUCUUACUCAAGUACAACAGCAGGACUAAGAACAUGAUGGAGAUGUGGCGCGUGGGCUAUGAAUUCCAGAUCAACGUCAAUGGCAAUCAGCUGUGGCUCAACCGCCUGGACAAGAUGGGCUACAAGAUCUGUCACAACAAAUCAGUCUGCCAGAUGCACCGGGAGGAGGACUGGGCAGCCAUCAAGCCCCACCCCAACCAGUUCCGCGGCCGGGGCGCAAUGUGCACGCCCGACAGCUUUGAAGAGGGCCUGUGCACCGACCGCCGGCUGUAUGUGCAUGCGGUGUGCAAGCAGGGGCACCACCAAAAAAUCGCAGCGUUCAAGAAGCUGGGCCUGUGGUUUAUUCACAUGGAAAGCCACAACCCGCCCAAAGUGACGGUGCGCCUGCCCCAGGACGGAUCCCUGCCCUGCGGCGGCCCCACCUGGGAAGACGAGUACCCCUUCUCGUCAUGA